AUGGCCUCAAAGUUUGAUAAUUUCCAGCUCUCUUUGCUUAAGCAGUUCGUGGAUUUAUGUAAGGAAAAGCCAGAACUACUACAUGCUCCUCAGCUGAAGUUUUUUAGGGACUGGCUUGAGAGGUAGGAAAGAAGCGAGAAGCGAUGUAGGCACGUGCCUCUCUUUGCUCUCUUUUGUGAUGAAGUGUUCUUGCACCAACAUGGAUGUUGUACCUUGUGUGUGAAAAGACCCUCACGUUUUAUAAGAAGGGCAAUACAGGGAAACAAUUCAGUUAAUAAGGGAUCUAUGUUGUUGUCGCUAUCAUGGUUUUAAUGAUUUUAUUUAAAUUUGGUUCUAGUGUACGUGACUAUUUGAGGCCAAAGGGCUGAUCAAAACGUAAAAUAUGGUUAAACAUAAGCAGAGUUAUUUUACUUAGCGUACGAUCUUUAUGUAUAUAUUAUUUUGUCUGAAAUAUUGUGAUGAAACUUAGGAGAGUCGACUUUAAGCAAUACAUUUGUUCCCUCUUGGAUAAAAUCAACACAGAGCUCCUGGUGCAAGCUCGCAAGAAAGCGGAAGUAACCGAUCUCUAGGGGUGGGGGUAUGGUGGGUUGUCAAAGUCAUUGUUUGGCGUUUUGAAUUUUUCGAGCUUUCAAUGGAUUUUUUUAAUAGCUCCUCUCCUCUUUUAGAGAUUUACAUAAUCGUGAGUUUCCAAAAUGGGUCAUUUGAUCUCAAGUUUGACAAAGGAAGGAGAUAAUGCAUCAGUCAAUUCCACCUGCGCUCAGCCAUGUCAGUCCUGGGGGUGGGGCGUUUGCAAAUUUUGCACUGCCCAGGACCAUUCCCAAGCUGGCUGCAAAUGGAAUGGACUGAUGCAUAAUGACUUUCAUUUUUGCAAUGUGAAGAUUGACAAUUUUGCCACAUGUAUAAAAUACCUGACGGAUCCCUUUUGAUGAAUGAUUUUAUUUUUUCAAAGGGGUUGAGUUUUAUUUUUACCACACUAACCUAGACAUGAGCAGCUCCAUUGCUCCCUAGUUGCUCAUUUUAGGGCAGUUUAAUAGCAAUUCAAUGGUGUGGCUGCUCUGUGUAGAAUUGAAAAAAGGGGAGUUAAUUAAAGCACCUUUCGUUUCUUUCAUUCAAAUUAUCGUAUUGUAGUUUGGGUGCCAAUAUCCCUCCACCACCAGAGAAACCAAAAGAACCUGAACCAACUGAAGAAGUAAAAACCCCAGAAAAAGAUGAACCAGUGACCGAGCCAGAGCCUAAAGAGGUAACAGCUAAUUUAAACCUCCUGAUAGAGUGGAAAAAAAUUUGGGGAAACACCGUCUUUACUUGAGUAAGUGUCACAUUUGGUACAAAAAAAGGUGUUAAGUGCUGCCCCUGAAUAAGUGACUUAGUGCUGUGGCCCCUGUGCAAUCAAAAUCAAAGUAAGAUGUUUAUUCUGUCAGUUUAAUACUAAAAGUGAUAAUACCAUUUACAUGAGACAAUUCUUUGUUGCAUGUAACUUUCAAAUAAAAUAAUGUUGCAUUCAAAUAAGUGCUGCCCUCGAAUAACUGCUCCGUUUGAGGGAUAAAAAAUUUACUAAGCAUUGCAGCCCUUAUUCAAGUAAAUACCAUGCAAUGGUAUGCAACAUUUCCAGGGUGUCCCAUUUUUUGUCAAAAUUUUUAUUCACCAUUUUUGCAAAUGCCCAUAAUUAUACACCUUGUUUUCCCCAAUACAUUUUCCAUAUAGCUUUUGUCUCCAAUUUCUCCUGUGUAUUGCAGUCAUCCCAUGAGAAAUUGAAGACAAUUCCUAUGCAAAAUUUUGCGCGGUAGAUUUUAGUGAAUUGUGUGGGUGCAGGAGCAAAUGAUUCAAUUUUCCAAGAGAUGAUGUAGCAUGAUUUAGUUGAUUUAGCAUUGAAGGUUCACAGUAGUUUAUCAGCCUAAAAUUAUGUCUUAAAUUAGUUUACUCCCCGAGAUUAUGCAAUUUUUUUAUUAUUCAUUAAUGAUAUUUCUUGUGGAAUAAUUAUUGGUCAAUUGUGUGCACCUACCGUACAUGUAUACAGUAAUAUCAGAAGCCCUGAUAAAUGGAUCUGAAUGUCACUUCAAAAAUUAUUGAAUUAUCAUUAACAGACGUUAAUGAAAUUAUAUUAUCCUUAAAGAAGCAUGGCAGUAUUUUUGUAGGCUUCAUGCAUGUAAAAUCUUUUAUAAACUGAAUUGUUCUUAGGAGGCACCAACAGAAGAGGCAAUGGAGAGUUCAAGUGAAGAGAGUGAUGUGGGUCAGUGUGUGAAGUCAGUUAGGCUUUAAUAUUUCUACAUGUACAAUGUAUAUGUACAGGACUGAUUAAGAAUUCAAAGCACAAUAUUCUGUAACUUGUCAUGUGGCUGUUCAGCGUAGCAAUAAUUUGAAAGGGCUUUCUUAGGAUUUCACCUUCUUUCAAUCAAGGAGGGUUCCUUCGUUUCCUUUAAUUCAUGUAGACUUAAUGAGCAUUCCAUUAAUGUGGCCCUGGUUCAAAUCCCAGAAGCAAUAAAAGGCUGUGCAGUUUAGUAGUGCCUGGUGGCACAUGGACACCUACACUGUAUCUAAUUGCUCCCUGGGCAGAUAAAAAAAGAUUAAAUAUUAUUUUUUUCAUAUGAUGGGCACUGCACCUGGCCCUGGAUUUGACAGGCUCAAAGCACUGAGCUCCUUCCAAUUUUUCUUAAAGCACAGCCUUGCAAUAAUGAUACCAUCAAUUAUGUUUGUUGUUGGUUUCCACCUUUAUUCAGAGAGGGUUAUUCUCCAAGAAUUCUUGUUUCCCCUCUCCUGAAAAACCAACAUUUCCAAAUACAAAUUCGAUCUGGAUUGGUUAAAUGCAUUAUAACCAUUUUGUUGAAUUGUGAUACUUUUUCAUUCAUUUAUUUGUUUAUUUUAUAGGUUAUUUUUUCAGUCAGCUAGUGGUAAAUAAAUAAAGAAAUGUUUAAUUUACUGAUUUUGACUUAUAAAAUGAUUUACUUAUGCCCUCUUCUUUACCUCUAGCCUGUAGUUAAGGUUUAAUUAUAUUGCUACAUAAGCAUCUGUUUGUAAAUUUUAAACUGUACCAAAUUGUUUUUAUAAUAAUACUGUAUUUUAACAUAAUUAUUUUAACAGAGAUUGACAGGGAGGGAUGUAUUGAGCCAGACAAUGAUGAACCUCAGCAGAUGGGAGAUGCAAGCAUUGAAGUAAAUAAUGAGUUACUUAAUGAAUAAUUAACAAUAAAAUUCUUGCAAAAUUCACCUAGUAAUCUCAUGCAUGUACUACCACCUUACAUCAACCUCAAAAUACAUGCUUAACAGAGUGUAGUUAAUAUCAAAGUUUUGUUCAAAAUAUGCUAUCCUGCUGAUGUGCUGAACCUAAAUUAUUGAUUGUUGAAUUAGGUAGGGCCACAGAAGAGUAGUGUUUGAAUCUCAGUUUGGUUAGGCAGUUUGGUUUUCUAGUACAUUGCUGUUGGCUGCCGCAUAAGAGUUUGACACAGCAACAUUUUUUUAAGUGUGCUGUAUAUGAUGAGUGUGAGUUAUCAGUCUAAAAUGAAACUUUGUCUAGUUCUGUGUUCUGUGUAGUCACAGCAGGCGGAUUUUCGAACCAGACCUAUUCUACUAUUGAAACAUUCUGGGUGCUGUUUUAGCAUCCAAAUUUUUUUAUUAGUCAAGGUUAUGACAGUUAUGAAGAACUGAGACAUGCAGUUAAAUAUUACAAGCACAGUCAUUCGAAGUUAGAACCAACUUGUGUGCAUGUUUAAUGAAUUACAGCUUUCAUUGACAAUACCACAACUAUAGUCAUGUGGGAACAGUUUGUUGUGAAUCAAUAACUGCUUUAUCUUAUUAAUUAAUUUUCUGAUGUUAGUUUCUCAAAUCAAUAAUAUCAUAAAUUUAGGAAUGAAAUAAUUUCUAUCUGCAAUAAACCAAAUUACUGAUAUGAUUUUUUCUUCCCAGGUUACUGAUGAGAUGAGAGAAGAGGCAUCUGAAAAAAGAAGUCAAGGAAUGGCUGCCAUGAGUGAAGGUUUGAAGUGAUAGAAAGUUUUUUUAAGAAGCCUCUGCCUGGUGGAACACAGGCUGUUAGUUAUAUAAGAGGUUUAUUUUCUUUAAAUUUGGUCUUUAUUGGAGGGCAAAAUUCUUAUGUUUAUGUGUAGUGGAUGUUUCAGCUAUACUUCUCAUUUGUUCUGUCUGUUGUGUGAUAAUAAUAAUUUUUAUUUUUGAAUAGGAAAUCUUGAAGAAGCAGCUAAACUAUUCACAGAAGCCAUUUUAAAACAUCCUACAACUGCCAGCAUGUAUGCUAAACGAGCAAGGUGUAGUAUUAAAAGUGUUCUUUGUGUAUUUUGGACAUUCAAUUUUUCCAUUUCUCUUCAUUUUACACUUUGACCAAUAAUUAGUUAAAUUAUUAUUAUUAUUAUUAUUAUUCUUUUGCUCCAAACCUUUUCCAGCUGUUUUAUUCGAAUGCAGAAGCCAAAUGCAGCGAUCAGAGACUGUAAUGAAGCAAUCAAGAUCAACCCAGACUCCGCCCAACCUUACAAGUGGAGAGGACGGGCCCACAGGUUAUUGUGCUUGCACUUCUUUUCAUCAGUUAUACUAAAAUUUGAGUUAAAGCCACUGUUGAAUUAAAGGUGCUGUUGUUUAAAAAUAGAGGAACCUACUGUUACCUUGAGGGCUUAAACAUUUCGUUAGAAGUUUCUUAAAGUUCUUGCUUUUUACUAGCUGUAUUUUCUUUUCUUUCAUCUGCCCAUAAAUGAAUUUUUUGUUCUUGUAGACUCUUGGGUCACUGGGAAGAGGCUGCUAAGGAUCUUGGCAUGGCCUGCAAACUUGACUAUGAUGAUCAAGCUAAUGAGUGGCUUAAAGAAGUCACUCCUAAGGUACAGUCAUUAUUUGUGAUUAUGAGUGGCAUUGAUAGAAAUCUGAUGGUGAAUUUUCAGCCUGGUUAAUAAAUGAGAAAGAGGAGUCAAACCUAUGAUGUCCUUCUGGCCUAGGGGUAGUAAGAGCAUCAGGACGUCUAGUAACCAUAAGGACAUCAUAAGUUCGACAAUUAUUUUCAUUUUUGUUCUCCAUCUUUGUGCGUUGACAUAUAAUUAUUAUAUGUACAGAGAUCUCAUACAAACAUGGAGGGAAUAACUAAUAACUGUUGUGGAACCUUGAUUAUCUGGACUUGGCAGUUCUAGGGUAAAUACAGUAGUGCAGAAAUUCAAACGUCCAGGUGAUCAACAAUUUGAAUAUGAAACCAUUCUUGUAGUUGGGAAAUUUUCAUGUCACUAUUCAGUCCAGAAAGAGAUAAACAGCAAAACCCAAAAUGUUGUUUACGAGUCUAAUACAACAAUAAUGGUUGAUGCCAAAUUACUACGACCUUUAAAGCUAGAAUACAGUCUGAAGGCAAAAUUUUGCCUCAAUAUAGGGACAAUUCCCCCUCAACUACUUCAUUUUAUGACUGUUAUGUAAAGAAGUUUGAAGGAGCAGAAGUCCGUUUUACUCCUUUUGGUGCCAUUUUCUUGGUCAUUGCCUCCAUGACUAGAAGACUAAGCUAUCUUUUUUUGCACCAUAAAUGUGGUAUAUCCUUACUAAACAUGCAGGAUGGUUGUACAUGUAAAAGUCCCCGCAAUGAUUUGUUUCUUUUUAAAACUUCAGAAUAAUUUGGUGUGAAUGUCAAUCAGCCAACAGCCUUUGUUGCUCUAUCUUUUUUUAAUGCUUUUUUUGCAUAUUGUGUUCCCAGGCACACCUUCUUGCCGAGCACCGAAGAAAAUAUGAAAGAAAACGGGAAGACAAAGAAGAAGAGGAACGAAUGGAUAGAAUGUAAGAAUGCCCUCGCACUUUUAGUUAUGUAAAUGUCGUGUUUAAUUUUUUUUUUGAGGGAGGAGGGGGGAGGGUUGAAAUUUGAUUUUGCAUUCGAACCUCAUCCAACGACGGCUGCAUACUGGAGACUAGCAUUUUCGGCUCCAGUCCUUUCCUAUUCGCGCAUUCUUGACCAACGGAAAAUACAGGCUGUUUUGCAGCCCACUGUUUCAUUGACUUGAUAUUAUGUGUCAAUAUUCCCUAAACAUAUUUGUUACAUUAGACAAUAACCUUCAUCCGUCUCAAGGUGGCCUUUGUAGAGUGGUUUGACCAAGAUAAACUUUGCCUUUAUCACUCCCUUCACACCAGAACCACCCGCAAUUACUGUGGUGUAUCGAUGGCAUGAUUUACUAAAAAUACGUGGAACGUUUUUCUUUCCAUUUUAGAAAAAAAGCGAAAGAAGCGCAAGCAAAAGCAAGAAAGGUAAAUUCAGAUGAGCAUUAACGUUAUUGUCUGUUUUUUAACAAGUUCUGACGGUUGCUUUUCCAUUUUGAAUAUCCACACUUUACAGGAAGAAGAAGAAAGACAAAAGCGACAACAAGAGAUGCCUGGUGGCUUCCCAGGGGGCUUUCCUGGUGGUUUCCCCGGCGGUGCGGCAGGAUUCCCUGGGGGCUUCCCUGGUGGUGCAGGAGGAUUCCCCGGGGGCGCUGGGGGAUUCACUGGUACUGGAGGAGCAGGAGGUAUUUAAAAACUGCUGUUUCCCAACCCCUUCACGUUUCUAAACUGUACAGACGACACAAAAGAUCGUAUACAUCUACCACCGGGGGAAAAAAAUGACGAACACCUAUGACAAAGCCCUACUUCUUAACGUUUUUUUUACAAGGCUGAUACUAUUGUGUGACCCCGGGAAAUUCAAAUCUGCUUAAGAAAGUGAGCUCUGGGUAUUCAUUGACCUCAGAAAUGGAAAGCUAUAUUUCAUCAGCGGCUGUGGGUAUCACAGUUAGUUUCACUUGCUCCUCGCAGAAAGCGCAGCUAGGUCAAGAAGGAACAUGUGGACUCUAAGUCUGAUUGCUGAAAUUGUGACUCUUUUUUUCUUUCUCAGGUGGUGCAACACCCAACUUAAAUGACCUUUUAAGCGAUCCAGAGCUGUUAGAAGCAUUUCAGGUUUGUCGUGAUCAAAUCCAUUUUCGCUGAGUGUGGAGAUUUUGUUUAUUUGUCGUGUUUGGAUAUGUUGCAGUUAAUAGUAAUAUUUAUAAUAUUUGUUGCAGUUAAUAAUAAUAUUUUAUUUCAGUUAAUUUUUAUUUUUCCUUUGUUUCAAAUUCACUAGCAACAUUACCAUACCCAAAAACAAUAGAAAAAUGAAAAUUAACUGAGAUAAAAAAAUUAACUACAACAGAUAUCUGGGGUCAGUUGUUCGAAGGCCGAUUGGCGCCAACUCGGGGUUAAUUCUAGUCCGGGUUUCUUUUACUUUUGUUCACAAGCAUUUUCUCAAAUACAGUCGACUCCCGAUAAUUCGAACCUUUAAGGAAAAUAGAAAAAAGCUCGAGUUAUCGGGAGUUCGAGUUAUCGAGGGUAAAAUUAUGUGGAAAAAAUUAUCUGAAGGGAAAUGAAAAUUACUUCGAGUUAACCGGAGGUUCGAGUUAUAGAGGGUUCGAGUUACCGGGAGUCGACCGUAUUUUCCUCUGUUCUCUUUAGAGCAUCAAAAUGAAGAGAAAAAGAAGUAAACAGAAUUUGUUUCUGAAUCCUUCAUAUCUGAAUUCGAAUUUCGCGCUAAGCGUGGGUUAUCUUAACCCAGCUUUGAACAACCCGGCCCAGAAACUGGAUCCUGGACUCCGAAUUUCGUUGGGUUUAGCAAAGAAAGCAAACUCCAGCUGGUUCCGGUUGUUCAAGAUUUGGAUAGCUUUAUCACCCUCUCCGGGUGAAUCACUAUAACUUAUAGGUGUUGUGGCAGCCAAUUACGUUAUGCAGUGGAUAGCACCGCCCACCUUUUAAACAAUAACCUUCCCCCGUCGGGGUGGGGGGGAGCGGGUAGUUAGCACUACUCGGACUUUUUCGUUCCGAAGGUGUACCUUGCUCCAUGCGAAUUCUUGCUAAGGUAGCAAUGUUACCUCAAGCCUCUUAUCACUGUUGGGGUUUCGUGGCUUGCCGUACGCUAUACAGUGUACGUGCGCCUCCAGCCUUCCUCAAAACCUUCCGUUGUACGAAGUGUAAACGUGGUGGACGCACGGUCCUGAUUUGGACUAGAAAUUUAAAACCGCCAUUAUGUACUUAUAGUGACAGUACAAUCCGAUCUUUGUCUUUUUUUCGUUUGUUUGUUUUCUUGUGUUCGCUGCAGAUGGACACACUUGAAAUUCUGGUUUCUUCUGCUUUCAGGAUCCCGAAGUAAUGGCAGCAUUUCAAGAUGUCAGCCAAAAUCCAGCGAACCUCUCAAAAUACGAAGACAAUCCUAAAGUGAAAAAGAUUCUUGAUAAACUGGCCAAGAAGUUCGGUCCCGCGGGAUCCGGCCCUCCGCCCGGGAGCGGAGCCGGGUUUCCGGGUGGUAUGCCUUUUGGUAAUAUGUUUGGCGGGCAGUAGUUAUCGGGUCUCGUGUACAACAUGAAGACGAAAAGACAUCUUCGUAGGCUGCUUGGAAAAUGAUUCGUAGUUUUCUACUGAAACGUUUCUUGAGGUGGUAUGCGAGAUAUUCCACCGACAGCUAAUCCUUAAGUUUUUCCGUGAACUUCUUUUUCUGAAAGGGGUCGAGGAUGUGUUUUAGUGACA